UUGCUUAAAAAAAUUAAAAAAAAGUGCGAGGUAGCGAGAAAUGGCGUCGCAAGUUGUUUUUUAAUCGUAAUCAAUGUGUUUCUAAUCAUUAUAUAUGAUUCUACAAGCUUUACGUGUUGUUGAGAUAAUACAAAUCAGUUCCGUCGAUGUUUAAUUGACGAACAGUGGUUAUUUUAACGUGGUUACAUCUUAAGCCAUCGGACAAUGGCGUCGUCGAACGAAGCGAGAGUUACCCAUGUAAAAGUUAGUGAAAAUCGCGAUCGCGUUGACGAUUACUGUGGCUCUAACAGCUUAGAAGAUGCCGGCGAAAAUACUAAACGUCGUCGUACCGCAUUUGAUGGCAAUAAACAAUUACAACUGGGAUACGGGACAAGUAUGUCAACUGAUACCAAACACACAGCAUCUUCAGAAUCCAAAGGCAAGAAGCGCAAAAUCAGCGAAACUUCAAAGGAACUGUGCACAUGGAACGAGAACGCUCGUCCCACGAAACAGAGCAAGAUAUGGCCAGUGUUCGACUCCGGAGGGUUCGGCAACGCCACGGUGCUCAAACUCAACGUCAUGAGGAAAUCCCCCCCUGGACAGAACCCCCUCCUCUACAACACAGACACAUUCAACAUCAUCCAACUGUCAGAAAUACACCAGGAGCCCUUCAAAUCUGACUGGUUCGGAGGCAUCCACGCAUGGUGGAAACAGGCCCAAAUCGCUAAUAAAUUUGCCGAUGAUGAUGCUACUAAGAAGAUAUUCUCAUCCGUUACCCGGCAACUGCGACUCAUCAAUUCGCAUUUUCAGAGGUCCAUGUGCAAAUACAAGUACCCAAGGGUUACAAGACAGAAUGUUUUGCUUGAGACUGCGGGGCUAAGACGGCCGGCCACACACUUCAACCUGUCUCUAAAGGCUAUAAGGUUCCAGUCGACCCCCAGAAGAGAGUUACCGUGCUACGGCAACUUGGAACUGCCGCUAAAGAUUAAACAAGAGAGUGUGAAUUCGCAUAUCUAUCCUGCUAUCAGGAAUGUUAAUCCAGAGAAAGUGAGUGACGUGAAAAUUAAGAUGGAGAAUGAAAGAGUUAAAGUGGAGAAGGAACGCGACAAGGAAAAGGAGAGGGAGAGAUCCUCUCACUCGCGCCACUCGUCCUCAUCAUCGUCGUCGUGCCACCACUGCCGGCGCCGCGCCCGCGUGAAGCGCUGCUCCAUAGGCGUGCAGUGUCGCCGCGACCGCGCCGGCCCCGCCCUGCCCGGGGACAGCUGGGGCCCGCUCGCCGACAACCCCACUGUCAAGGGACUCAAGUAUCAUAGGCUGAUGCGUGUGGAGACCCAUCCCAACGGCGGCGCCAGCGUGGUGUACCUGCACCAGCGUGAUGUGGACAUGCUGAGCGCCCCGCAGCAGGAGUCGCUCGCCAAGGAGUUCCUCAAGCUGGUGUUCUCCGAGGACAGCUCUGGCUGGGCGCACUUCGUGUGCGGCGUGGUCCGCGGCGCGGCGGCGCGCUUCCCGUGCCUGCUGCAGUACCUGGCGGGCGCGCACCCCGCCCUCACCGUCAAGGCGGGCGUGCUGGCGCGAGCCUCCGACAUCGAGACCACCACCGUCAGCCGCUACUACCAACAGGUCCAGCAGUCGUACGCGGCGGGCACGUUCCGCUGCGGGCCGCUGCACCAGAUCUCGCUGGUGGGGACGGUGCACGAGGAGGUGGGAGGCUACUUCCCCGACAUGCUGGACAUGCUGGCCACCUGCCCCUUCCUCAACCUGACGAUGCCUUGGGGUCCGAUGUCGGCGGUCGAGAUGGAGCCGCAGGAGUCCAACGACGGGCCCAUCCUGUGGAUCCGGCCCGGCGAGCAGCUCGUACCCACCGCUGAGCUCGGGAAGAGUCCCAUCAAGAAGAGGAGGACGGGCAUCAACGAGCUGCGCAACCUGCAGUACCUGCCGCGCUGGAGCGAGGCGCGCGAGUUCCUGUUCGAGGACCGCACGCGCGCGCACGCCGACCACGUGGGACACGGCCUCGACAGGAUCACCACCGCCGCCGUCGGUGUCCUGAAGGCUAUCCACUGCGGCGACGACGGCGACCGCGGUCGCAUCACGAAGGACGUGGUUGCCUUCCACGCGGCAGACUUCAACAAGCUCGUGCAGCUGCUGCAGCUGGACCUGUACGAGCCGCCCAUCUCGCAGUGUGUCACCUGGCUGGAAGAAGCGAAGCUGAACCAGCUGCGUCGUGAGGGUGUCCGCUACUCGCGGCUGCCGCUGUGCUCGGACGACAUCUACUUCCUGCCGCGCAACAUCAUACACCAGUUCCGCACUGUCUCCGCUGUCACCUCCGUCGCAUGGCACCUGCGGCUGAAGCAGUACUACCCCACAUCGGAGGCCUCCUCGCCGGCCGACGAGCGCGUGGCCGACCCCGCGCCCGUCAUCAACACUGCGCCUGAAACCAAAAGCCAGAAGUCAGCGAAACACAAAGCCGGCGUCAUUGAAAUGCGCGCUCUAAGCGCUAAGUUCCACCAAAAACUAAAUCAGAAAACACCACUCAAGGUGUCAAACAACAGAAAGAGUGUCGAGGUCCAGGUCAAACAGGAAAAGAAGGCAGAGAAGAUGGACAAGUCGGAGACUAAAGUCGAACGAGUAGAACCCAAGUCAGACAAACCGGAACCCAAGACAGACAGGACGGAGAAAUCUGACAAAGUGGAGGCAAAAACUGAGAAAGUAGAGCCAAGAGUCGAGAAAACAGAAUCUAAGGUCGAAAAACCUGAAAUUAAAACUGAGAAGACUGAUUUGAAACCACCUGAGAAAAACGAUCUUAAAACAGACAAAAUCGAAAUCAAGUCUGAAAAAUUUGAUCAGAAAACUGAGAAAGUUGAUUCAAAGUCUGACAAAUCGGAACAGAAAUCUGACAAGUCAGAACCAAAGUCUGAGAAGACUGAACAUAGGUCUGAGAGAGCAGAGACGAAGGCCGACAAAAACGAUAUCAGACAUGACAGGGCAGAAAAAGAAAGUUCGGAUCAGAAACUUGACAAAACAAAUAUCAAAAUCGAAAAACCUGACAGAGUAGACCAGAAAUCUGACAAGCUAGACUCAAAGUCGGAUAGAACAGAGAAGGAUAAGAAUCACAUGCACCGACACAAGGACGACAAACAUCGGUCGGAUCGGUCUGACAAACACGACCAUCACCGACGGCAUUCAUCAUCAUCCCGUCACAAGUCGUCGCACCACAAGUCAGACAGACCACGGGAACACAAGAAAGACCACAGGAGUUCUGACGACAGGAGAAAUGACAAACACAGGGAUCGGUCUGACACAAGUAGAGAUAGGUCUGAGAAACUGACCGUGGACAGCGGAAAGUUACCAGUUGAUGUGGUACACCGGCCACCGGAUUAGUGAUGUGUAGUGACAAUCUAGUGUUUGUGUUGUUACAUGAAGGACUUUGAGUAAGUACCUUAUUGUAAGCUUAUAUUAAUUACCACGAUCACUUGAAUGACAACCUUAGAAUCGUUCAAAGUGGAUCUCAAUAAUUGUAGUUUGGUUGAUUGAUUUGUCAUUUAAAUUAUCGUAUUUAUUGUACUAUGUUGUAGUAUAAUUAUUUAUUUGCGAGACAUGCGUCAGAGCUGGGUAAUUCAAGCCUUAUUCAGGCGAGAGUUACGUAAUUUUCAUUUGAAUUUAUGUGAAAAUGCUGACUUAACACAACCUUUUAUGGAAACAUAUUUGAAGGGGCCAAAACACUACACGAAAUUAAGAUAUCACCCAUCUUCACAUGCAGCACAUUCAGUGAAAAAAAACUAUUAUUUUCGAAGCAAAGUCCUUCAUGAUAUAAUGCAAAUUUCUUAGAGCUAGUUUUACACUGUAAAUAUAAUGUUUUAAGCGGUCUCUUAGAGGCUCGGCAGAGACGAAUAAUGGAUGAGAACGCAGUUUUAGAUUUACUAAAACAAUGAUUAAUCAUUAAUAACAAGUUUUUUAACUUGUGGAUUACAGUAACUUGAUGAUUUGAAAAUUAAGUUUUUACCAGGUUCUUCAAUUUUAAUGUGUAGGGGUAGAUUUUCCCAUAUGGCUAGUACUAAAGUAUUUCUUUGCAAGUCAUCGGUAUAUUGUUUGAUUCAUCACUCUUGGUUAUUCCUAUUGUAUGGGCGCUUUGCGUUAAUUUUAUUGGAAAUGACUGCAAGAUAGCUGAGUGGUGGUUCGAUAUCCGCAUAGGGCCAGCAUUUGCAACACGAAUGGUUGAUCUGAGUCUAUGUGUAACUUGAAUUUUUGUGAAACACCUCUUGACGAAAGGAUUAAAUUUCUCAGUGUGGAAAUCGUAUCGAAAAAAAAAA